AUGGUGGAAGAGAGUGACUUGCCAAAGUUGGGUUACUUGAACAUGGUGCUCAAGGAGAGCUUUAGGUUACACCCAGUUGGACCAUUGCUCAUUCCACAUGCAUCCAUGGAGGACAUUACAGUUGAAGGACAUGACAUACCAAAGAAAUCGACAAUCUUUAUAAACGUUUGGGCUAUUGGGAGAGAUCCUAAUGUCUGGUCAGAAAAUGUGGAAGAAUUUUACCCUGAAAGGUUCAUUGAUGGCAAUAUUGACCUUCGAGGACAUGACUUCCAACUCCUACCAUUUGGGUCUGGUCGAAGAGGGUGCCCUGGUAUGCUAUUAGGGCUAACCACAGUCCGGCUGGUUCUCGCAAACUUGGUCCACUGCUUUAACUGGGACCUCGCCUGA